ACAAAAGUCAGGUGACCCACCACUAUCAUACUCACCCUGUUUCGGUGAAGGGUCAUCUUCCGUGUGAGGCAGCUGAGUAAAAAUGGGGUUGAUGCACGCUGGGUUUCUAUUACUGCUGUUUUGUUCUGCCCAUAGUUAUCAGUUUAGAAGUGAAGCUGGGUAUGGCCAGUUUGUGCAAGAUCCUGAGUUAGAGUGGGUGAGAAUGGAGACAGUGAUGGGUGAAGACAUUAUGCCAGCCCCUGCACCCGAAUCCAAGCUUUUGAGGAGUGCCUCAGGUAGUGGAUCUUCAACACCUGAAGCAAAGAGGUUUCCUGAGUAUGUGCAUGUCUCAUCUUCCAAGUACCAGAAAGAGGCUUUCAAGCCAGAAAAGGGUUCCAGACCCCUCCCUGACUGGGUGAAGGAAAUAUUACUUCCUCCUUCCACUGCUGGAGGAGCAGGAAGUACGGCAAAAACCGGAGCAGAGUUGGUUGAAAUCCUGUGUCACGUUGACAGAAUGUAUGUAAGAAUUAGGAGAGAGGUCUUUAAGACUAGAGAUGCUUAUAAAAAUUUGAAACUAGGUACGUGUCCUGUUAACCAAGGUACCAAAGCCCAUUACUACUUUCUGUACCUUCUGAAAACUGGCUGUGGCUUCAAAAGAGAGAGUAAUGCAGAUUAUCUGUCCAUCAGCAAUGUGCUCCACUACAAGCCCACCAGUCAGAUUUUAAGGGAAAUGCCAUUUGACAUUCAUUUGCAGUGUAAAUUUCCCAGGUUGUUUCACUCCUAUAAAGUUGGCUUCUAUCCCAAACUACAAGGAGGAACAGUUUUCAAAGCACUCCAACCAAGAAGUAGUUUGAUCCUUACUGCUCAAGAUGCAUCAGGGAAUGAAAUCACAGGUGCAAAAACCUACACCUUGGGCCAGCCAAUGUACUUUGAGGCCAAGCAACCUGACAGCACUGCAAGUUCUGGAGAUCAGAGGAUUUACAUCAACAAGUGUUUCAUGACUGCCUACCAAGACCCCAACUCCAAUCCUAAAUAUACAGUCAUUGACAACCAAGGCUGUAUGAUUGAUGGCAAGGUGACUGAGCAGUCAAAGUUCCUCAGUGGCGCCUCAAAGAUGGUCCAGAAAUUCAGUGUGGAUGCCUUCAUUUUCAAGGACAUGGCGUCCACUUCUUCCUCAUCACAGCAAUUAUACAUGCACUGUGAGAUCUCUAUGAGGAAACUUACUCCAACUCCGAGUUCAAAGGCUUGCAAUUAUGAUCCAGCAAACAAAAAGUGGAAGGAGCUUUACGGUGACGACUCUGUGUGCACCUGCUGUGCAUCAGCUUGCCCCGAAGCAAAGUCUAGGGCUACCAGUAAUAUCGUCUCCAGUCACUCCUGGAAGGUCGACUUGAGUGGCAAGGAUGGGUAUGUGGCUGGUGGGCCUCGGAUGAAAUCAUUUGUUGCUGACACAUUCAGUUUGGAGGACCCCGACAUGGAAGAGCACAGAGACUUCCUAAACUACUGGGAGGAUGAUUACUAAAAUCCUGUGGAAAUGAUCAAAAUUUUAAAUAAAUUGCUUUUUCUUGUACAUGU